AUGUCCAUGGGCUCACGUCGCCGUCGUCGUCGUCGUGCCACCGUUGCUGGUCCUCCGGGCACGCCGGCUAAGAGCCCCCUCCCUUCUCCGACGUCGUUCCGUCCUUCGACCAUCGCCUACCUCGACCAGUUCGAGUUGACUAUGACAGCGUCGAAAGUUAAGCUCAAUCACGGCAAAGACGUUCGCUACAAUUUGGUAGUGACCCCCACGAGCGACAGCAGUCAGCAGUGGACUGUGAGUCGCUCGUUCAAGGAGCUACAGGAAUUCCAGCUCAAGCUGCUCGAAGCCAUGCAACUCGGCCACUUGUGCCACGCCGGAUGUCCAUAUCUGUAUUCGAGCAUCAAAGGCCGUUUCCCGAAGGAAUGCUACUUGUAUUCGUCCAGCUCGUACGUCAUGGGCAAGCGGCGCCAAGCCAUCGAGGAGUGUUUCACUACGCUCUUCGAAGCGCUACGCAAGCGUGAGAACCACUCGUCUUGCAGCAUUCUACCGGGCACCGUGGCACAGGAAUUUAUUGCGUUCCUCAACGAGGAAUUGCCGAUUGAUCACGAGUUCCGUUGGGAGAACUUCGUGAGCUUUUCCAAGUCGCCCAGCAGCAGCUCGACCUGGUACACGGACGGUAGUAGUCGCAGUAUUUCCACUCCCACCGGUCUCUCCAGAUGCUGGAUGUCGAGCAGCGACAACAGCAUCGAGUCGUUCCGCUCCGCCGGCAGCAACAACAGUAUGCUGGACAUGUGCGGGUUGUGCACUAGCGACGACGCGGCAAAGGGGGCUUUAACCACGCUUAAUUGCGGCCACCGAUUUCACGACGAGUGCGUCGUGGCCAAACUCAACGAGACGUUGGCGUGCCCAACCUGCGGCCAAAAGCUCUGA